CGUGGAUAAGCUUCGACGACGUUUCUACAUUUAUGUAUUGGUGAUGACUCUUGGGGGCAUUUUCUCAAGUGCCAUGAAUAUUGCGUUGGUGAGCAAGACUAAUGAGGCUCUUUCAUUCUUCCUCCAUGUCUUCUACUGCACCUCCGUACCCGUUACAAUCCUUACAACUUUUGUCAGUUUGUACUAUGGAGGAAUGUUGAUGGUUAUUGAGAAAUUUAAGCAUCUCAAUCGACGCCUUGUAGCAGUGAUUGAUCAAUUGGACGAUGUAGUGGACAUCUAUGAUGACAAGAGGAGAUCCUACAAAAUAACCAAAUCCUGCGAACUUUCAGAUGCUCUCGAUGCACUAUCGAUUGAGCAUGAUGAGAUUUGUCGUUUUGCCGUGAACUUCAAUGAACUUGGGUCCUUGCAGAUGCUGGCAUUUAUCCUCAAUGCCUUUCUCAGUAUUGUGAGUCAAGCAUUCUUCUCCUACGUCAACAUAGUCAUGUCCAUGAGAAGAAAUGAGUCCUUCCAUGUGAAUCUUAUUGGUGGAAUGGCUUAUGCCAUUGUUAAUGCUGUCCUUCUCUUUGUCAUCGUCAACGCCACUUCUGAGGCUAUCAAUAGGGCCAAAGCCACGGGUGUUCUUCUGCACAAAGUCGUGGCUGGGUGCCUCGACAUUCGUCUUGAGAGAAGUAUUGAGAUUUUCUCCAUUCAAUUACUAAAUCAAAGCCUUGACAUAACAGCCUGCAAAAUGUUUACACUAAACUUUGGUCUAAUUUACUCUGUUGUUGGUGCAGCUACGAGCUAUUUGAUUAUUCUCGUUCAAUUCGAAAUGAUGCGACCAUCGAGAAAUUAGUUCAUUGUGUAAAAUUGUACACUAAUAACCAGAUAACUGCAAACACUGGAUAUUAUUGCUGUAAUCAAUGUGUAGUCAACAGAGAAUAGACCACAUGGACGAAUUUUCAUACUAUCAUAGUGGAGAAUUUGCAUAAAUAGUAUUUCGAUCUGAAAAAAAAAAUAUUAAACUGAAACUCAGAA